AUGUUGAGGACGACGACGACGGGUACGAUGAAGACGACAACAUCAAUUAUGAUGAAGAGGCUGAUCCCAUCACACUACAACCAAUUGCUAGCUACACCUAUUGCUAAAUCAAUACUAUCAACUACUAAUUAUAACAACAACACCACCCAGACAACAAUCACAAGACAAUUUUCAGCAUCAACCAGACAAUAUUCAGCAACAACAAUGUUUCAAGGAGCAAGAAAUUUCUUUCUUAGUUUCAACAAUAACAAUCAAGUAGCCACGGAAGAAUAUUCACCAGCUGAACAUAAUCCUUAUAUGACAUAUCCUUUAUUAACAAGAGAACAAUUAAAAUCAAUUUCCAGUAAUGAUAAAUUUAAAUUUGAAUUUGGUUUUGCAUCAUUUGGUUAUCAUUCAACUUCUGGUUUACCUUCUGUUAAUUCCCUUAGUGAUUUAACUGAUCCAACUGAUUUAAAUUCAUUAUUGCCAAGAAGAAGACCAGUUGGAUCUCCUCAAGAUACAUUAUCUAUCAAAGCAGGUGAUGAUACAAUGUUAGUCUCCCCUACAGUAUUAGCAGUUGCAGAUGGAGUAUCAGGAUGGGAAAGUGAUGAAAAACAUACAAGUUCAGGAAUUUGGUCAAGAGCAAUGUUGGAAACUUUUUCAAGAUUAAUGACUGAAUAUAAAUUAAAGCAUCUGCCAUAUCAUUUAAAACAAAGAGAUAUUCAUCAAAUAUUGGAUGAUUCUUAUUUGCAUACUUCCCAUUUAAUGGAUUUACAGCAUUUAAGUGGACUGUCUACAUUAGUAUUAGGAAUGCUUUCGGGAGAUUUAUUAAUGAUGGUUAGUAUUGGUGAUUCAAAAAUAUAUAUUAUUCGUAAUGGAGAAUUAAUUAAAACAAAUCCAACUCAAAUGAUGUCUGAAUUAUGUCCACAACAAAUUGGUACUCAAACUUUAAAAGUAUUACCUUCAGAAAUUGCUUGGGUUGAUUCAAUUAAAUUACAACAAGAUGAUAUUAUAGUAAUGUGUUCCGAUGGAAUCAGUGAUAAUUUAUUUGAAUCGGAAUUAAUUAAAUAUCUUAAUGAAUUCCUUAAUAAUAAAAAGAAUUAUAAUAUGAAAAGAAUUGCUGGUAGUUUAUUAAUUAAAGCUAAAGAAGUUGCAUUUGAUGAUUAUUCUUAUACUCCUUAUAAUGAAAUGGUUAAUAAUUUACCAAUUGAAAAAUUUGGUAAACAUAAUGAAGUUGGAGGGAAAGUUGAUGAUAUGUCAAUUGUUGUUGCAAAAGUUGUUGCUAAAUAG